CUUUCCCUUCAUAUCAGCUUUAGCUUCGCCGAUUCUCAACCAGUCGAGCUGUUUCCGAAGCAUACUGCAUAUUGUUAUUAUUAUUUUGGAAAAACAAAACAAAACAAAACAAUAAAGAAAUUCAGAAAGGGAGAAAAAAAAAAAAAAAAAGAACCCUAAAAACUCUCUCUCUCUAAUUUUUCUCUGCUCUGAAACUUGUUCUUUACGACUUCAAUCUCUCUCUGAAAUUUGACUUCCACGGUUGUUUGCUAUUGGAUCUCAAAUCGAAUGAAGAUUGAUAGGAUUUGUUAAGAGAUUGUUAUUGUUGGGGUUUGUGUCUUAAAUAUAACGGGAUGUGCAAGCCCUCUUGUGCAAUAGGGGAGGUGUUCUCGUCAACUUUAUCAAUUACCUUUCUCAUUAUUGGACUUUUUGAAUCUGGUUGAUGGGAGUAGUUCAAAUGAAUAAUAAUGUUCCCGUAGCCAAGGGUCUGGCAGAGUUAAAUCACCAUAGGCAAGAUGAGGACAAGGAAAUUAGGGACGGGGUUACGGGAGAGGGCCAAGGGCUCUCUGAGGAAGAUGAAUCUCUAAUUAAUGAUGAUGAUGAUGAAGACGUAAAUGAUAGGCAGAUUGGGGUGGUCCAGGUACAGGUUCACAAGCUGGCUGAUCAGCAGAAGUUGCAGCAACAGCCUCAAGGGCCUUUGGUUCGUUGGGAGAGGUUCCUACCUCUUAGGUCUCUGAAGGUUCUGCUGGUGGAAAAUGAUGAUUCAACUCGCCAUGUUGUCAGUGCUCUACUUCGAAAUUGUGGAUAUGAAGUUAUUUCUGUGGAGACGGGUAUAAAAGCUUGGAAAAUCUUAGAAGAUCUUACAAAUCAUGUUGAUCUUGUUUUGUCUGAGGUAGUCAUGCCUUGUUUGUCGGGUAUUGGCCUGUUAGGCAAGAUAAUGAGCCAUAAAACUUGCAAAAAUAUCCCAGUGAUUAUGAUGUCAUCUCAUGAUUCUAUGAGUAUAGUCUUUAAGUGUUUGUCGAAGGGUGCAGUUGACUUUUUAGUGAAGCCUAUUCGAAAGAAUGAGCUUAAAAACCUUUGGCAGCAUGUUUGGAGGAAAUGCCACAGCUCUAGUGGUAGUGGGAGUGAAAGUGGUAUACGAACUCAAAAAUCCACAAAGUCAAAAAGUCUUGAAGAGUCAGACAACAAUAGUGGCAGCAAUAAUGAGGAUGAUAUCAGAAGCAUCGGUCUUGUUGUUAGGGAUGGAAGUGAUAACGGAAGUGGCACUCAGAGCUCUUGGACGAAGAGGGCAGAAGUAGAAAGUCCCCAACCAACGUCACCAUGGGACCAGUUAGCCGAUCCUCCUGAUAGCACCUGUGCUCAGGUUAUUCAUUCAAUGCCUGAAGCAUUUGGCAACAACUGGGUGCCUGUGUUCACAAGGGAGCAUGAUGGAAAGGAAGAUGAUCAUGAUGUCAUAAUCAUGGGCAAAGACUUGGAGAUUGGAGUGCCUAGCAUUCCAGAUUUGCAGCUUGGCGAUCCAGGUGAAAAAGUAUUGACUAACACGGCAGGCACUAAUAAGGAUAAACUUUAUGAACUAAACUUGAAUAAAAAUGAUGAGAAGCUGGAGAAAAGAGAACUGCUGGAGCUCAACGACGAGAAGCCAAAUGGAGAACUAAAGACUCAAGCUGUUGAUCUAAGGGCUGUUGAGAUUGAUAGUGAUACGGAUCCUCAGAUAGAAAGUGUAGUCUCUACUAUCCCAAAGAGUAUAUCCAAGCUUCCGGACACGAACGAUAAGACUGACCAUGAGAACAAAGAAAUACCUUCCCUUGAGCUCAAUUUAAAGAGAAUAAGAGAUGUUCAAGAUACUGGGAGCAGUGCGCAUGAUCGAAAUGUUUUGAGACAUUCAAGCCUUUCAGCCUUUUCAAGGUAUAAUUCUGCUUCAAUUGCUAAUCAGACUCCAACAGGGAAUGUAGGCAGCUGUUCUCCUCUUGAUAAUAGCUCGGAGGCUGCGAAAACAGAAUCAAUGCAGAAUCUUCAAUCUAAUUCUAAUAGCACACCUCCCAACCAGCGUUCCAAUGGUAGUAGUAACAACAAUGAUAUGGGCUCUACCACAAAUAAUGUUUUUACCAAACAAGUGUCAUCCACUGACAAGCCACCACCCAAAUCAACAGUCAAAUAUCUCCACCCCUCCUCUGCCUUCCAGCCAGUACAUAAUGCCCAUGUAGCUGCAGCUCCAACUGCAAUACAAGGUAAGGCCGAUGCUGCAACAGCUAAUACUGUUUUAAUUCAACCAAGAGGUGUUAACCAGCAGGUCCAAGUGCAGCACCACCAUCACCAUUAUCACCACCACCACCACCAUGUUCAUAACAUGCCCCAGAACCAAGAGUCACCAAAUCAUGAUGAUCUGUUUUUGAAAAAUAUGGCAGUUGCUCCACAGUGUGGAUCAUCCAAUGAAUUGAGUACACCCGUGGAGGGCAAUAUUGGUAAUCACAGCCUGAAUGGGAGUGCCUCAGGAAGUAACCAUGGUAGCAAUGGGCAGAACGGAAGCACUGCUGCUUUGAAUCCUAGAGUGACAAAAAUUGAAAACGAUAAUGGGGUAGCUAGAAAAGUGGGAACCAUUGCUGGAAGCAGAUUUGGGAGCAGAAGUGCAGUGGAUCAAAACUGUUUUACACAAAGAGAGGCUGCUCUAAACAAAUUUCGACAAAAGAGGAAAGAGAGGUGCUUUGAGAAGAAGGUCCGAUAUCAGAGCAGGAAGAAACUGGCAGAGCAGAGACCACGUGUUCGAGGACAAUUUGUUCGACAGGCAGUGAACGAAAACAAAGGCAAGGAUACAUGAGCUAAUGCAAAUCAACUUCUUGAUAGUGCUAUUUGAUUUUGCUCAUGGGAUUGGUGGUAGCUGUUUAUAUGGGAAGGGAAUAUCUAGAUUCCAUGAUGCAGGGUGUGGGGUCUGGAAGGGGAAAAAAAAUAAAAAAUAAAAAAAAUUACAAGGCUAUUCUUAAAAAAAGGAUCAAAAUCAUUGUGUGUGGACUUAAAAAGACAUAUAUGGACUGUAUUUUUAAGACUAGACUAAUAUGGGUAAGUUCCUACUAGUACUGCUACUAAAUAGAAGGUGAUAACCCUUGAUAGCCUUCUCUAAUAAAAACUGAAAUUUGGUGUGCUGAUGUUCAGAGACUGGCUUCCACAAGUAGAUGGUUGGAAGAACAUUCUUUCAUAAACCUCGUCAUCUUCUAUUUUACUGAGAUUAUUUUAAUUCUGAUCUCUCUUUUUUCU